CCGCGGUGGGCGGGUCUGCGGCCACGCGGGUUCCCGCCAAGAGCGGCGGCUUUUGGCGCGCGCGGUGGCGGUUCACGUGUCGCCGCGAUCGCGAUCGGGACCGGGACAGCGACCCUCACCGCCAUGGCCCAGCUCCGCCUCACCGACUUCUUCGGCAGCACCAAAGCGGCUACCGGAGCCCCGGCCAAGCGCGGCGGCGGCCGCCGGCUCAAAGCCGCCCUUGCCGGGUUCCCGGUGCACCGGGAGGUGGAGCAGGAUGGUGCCCCGGCGGGACUCAGCGCUCACCCGCCGCCGCUGCCCGGUUCUCCGCGCACUCCGGCCCGCAGCGGCUCCCCGGCGGUGAGGGGGCUGGCGGGUAGGAAACGGAGCCGCCGGGAGAUGGAAGCGGAGUCACCGGCCGGGACCCGGCCCGGGGAACCGAGCGGGAAAUCGGCGCGGAAGAGGCUGGAGCUGCAGCGGGACGCGGAGCCGGGGACGCCGGUGGCGGCCACCAGCCCCUCGUCUCCAGCCACUGCUUGUCCCCCGAUGGCACCCUUGCUGGAUCUGGCAGCACACACCCCUGCCAGCACCACCCAGUCCCCCAUCCAGGGACAGGAUGGGGGGACACAGCGUGGCACAGCGCCCCCAGGGAAAACACGGCGCCUGCAGCGGGAGGACCUGGCUGGGCUGCGCAGCCGCCUGCAAAAGGUGACAGCGCUGGCGCAGCUGCCACCUGUCCCCUCCGGGACCAGCUCUGACCUGCGGAACCAUCUGGAGCAAGUGCGGCAACUGGAGCUGCGGAUCCGUGAGAAGAAAGCAGGAUGCGGAACCACAUCUGGGGACACUGGGGCAUCUGGGGACACUAGGACGGCAGCUCCUGCGGCAGAGGCCAGUGAGAAGCCCCCCGCAUACCAGCGGUUCCACACGCUCGCGCAGGAGCUGACCCCGGGGCUCACACUGCCCUACAAGUUCAAGGUGCUGGCGGAGAUGUUCCGUAGCGUGGACACCAUCGCUGGGAUGCUUUUUAACCGUGCUGAGACCAUCACCUUUGCCAAGGUGAAGCAGGGCGUGCAGGACAUGAUGCGGAAGCAGUUUGAGGAGCGGCACGUGGGACAGAUCAAGGCGGUGUAUCCCACCUCGUACCGGCUACGCCAGGAGAAGAACAUCCCCACCUUUGGCAGUGGCAUGAAGAAAUCUGAGUACCAGCUCACACUGGAGCCUGUGCUGGGGGAAGAGGAGAAGGUGGACGGCCGCCCGCACUUGUCAGCAUUGCGUUUGCUGGAGCGCAGGAAGGAGUUCAACCGCAACCUGGUGAACAUUGUCAGGCAGCACCACAAGGCAUUCCUGGCCGCCCUCAACCCUCCCAUGGUGGUUCCGGAGGAGAAGCUGACGCGCUGGCAUCCCCGCUUCAAUGUGGACGAGGUGCCGGACAUCAGCCCGGUGGAGCUGCCGCAGCCGCCGCGGGAGGACAGGCCGAGCACGGCCCAGGAGGUGCUGAGCUCGGCACGGGGGAUGCUGCCCCCCAAGAUGGAAAAAGCUCUCGCCAACCUGGCCCUAAGAACCGCUGAAGCCGAUGCGGGGGAACUGGCGGUUUCCAAAGCACCAUCCCCUGCCAGCACCUCCAGCGCUCUCAAAGGGGUGUCCCAGGCGCUGCUCGAGAGGAUCCGGGCGAAGGAGGCGCAGAAGCUGCAGGCGCUGAUGACGCGGGACGCAGGGCAGGAGGAGCGGUUGGCCAUGCUGGGGCGGCUGCCGGCCAUGGCCCGUGUCCUGCGCAAUGUCUUCGUGGCCGAGAAGAAGCUGGCACUGCCCAUGGAGGUGGUUUGCGCCCGGCUGGCCGACAGCUACGACACGCAGAUGCCUCCCGGCGAGAUGGAGAAACACUUGCGCCUCUUUGCAGAGCUGCUGCCCGACUGGGUGGGGAUCCACGUCCUCCGGACAGACACCUACAUCAAACUGGACAAAGAGAAGGAGCUGGGGCUGGUCACGGAGCGGCUCACCAAGGUGGCGAAGGAGGCAGAGGCUCUUUGAGCCCCGUGAGGGUCGAGGCUUCCCCCGUGCGAUCUUCUCUAAAUGGAGCGAAACCCGACUGCGCUCCAGGAUCUGGUGUGGGCUGACGGGAGGCUCAUCCCUCAGGGGUGUGUGAAGAAGAGCAAAAUGCCUUAAUUUAACUAAUUACUUUGCCAGGGUCCAUGAGUACUGUAGCUCCCCUAACCCUUGAGCUGAAGGCAGGCAGUCAUGGGGUGACAAUGAAAGUGAUGAAGAGGGGCAAAUAACCUCUUCCUGGCUUUGCUGCCUUCUGCAGGUUUGGUGUUGGAGGUUUCUCCCCAAGGUUUGAUGCAGGUUUCUUCCAUUAACAAGGCUCUGGUGGGGUAGAGGCAGGACCGGGUAGGGUGAGAGGUGACAGGCAGGAAGGAGUGAGAGAAGAAAUCACAAGCUGAUGUUUUUGGAGUUCUGUGCCUCGUUCUGUUUUUAAGGGAGGGAAAAACGCAUCUCCAGCACUUGCUGGAAACAACUACAGGACUUGUCAAAACACAUUUGUAUUAAAUGUUUUAAAUAUAGCUGCGUUAACCCAG